CAGGCUGCCCCAGCCCAGCUCUCAUCCGAUCAUCUUCAUUUCUUUAAACUACUUGAAGAAAACAGCACAAGCCAGAGGGGCUUUGGGAACUCGGUGUGGCUGUGAGAGGGCUGCUGUGGGAUGCAGCAGGGUUGGGUAGGGGCUGGCAGUGCCGUGGGGCUGAAAUUUCCUCCUCCCAGUGUCUUCCCCACGCAGCCCCAACCAGCACUGGGAUCUGCACCCGCUUUUCCUCCUUCCUUAUCAGGGUGAUGCACGGGGCUGCAGUGACCCAAUGAUCCUUUUGCCAGACUCACCCUCCCCACCUUUGUCCCUAUGUCCCUGCCCCAUGUGCUGCCACAGCUCACAUAGAGCAGGAGGGUCUGCAUUGUCCUGAUGCACCCUCAUGCUAGGGUGAAAGGAGGGUCCCUCAUGAGGCUGUGGCUUGUCCCUGCAGGCAGCCUGGCUGGGCAUCAACAUCUUCCUCUUCACUUACUACUUCCUGUUCUUCGAUCAGGAUGACCAGUAUUUCUACACCAGGGCCAUCCUCGGGGUAAGGUUCUCCCUGCAGCACCGAUGCCCCUUCCUUGUCCUGCCCUCUCCCAGCCUGCUCCAUCCCAGUUCACAGCCCAUGCUGGUCCCUGUCAUGUCUCAGCCCAGCAUCGCCCCCUCCCAGUCCUUCUCCUCUCAUAGAAUCAAAUGGGUUGGAUAAGACCUUUAAGAUCGUUGAGACCAACCAUUCUCCAGCACUGCCAAGGCCACCACUAACCCAUGGCACUGAGAGCCUCAUCUACGUGGAUCUGAACACUUUCAGGAUUGCUGGUUCCACACACUUCCCUUGGGAAGCCUGUUCCGAUGCCUGACCACCCUCUGGGGACAAAACUGCCCUUUCCUGGCUCAGCAUCACCCUUCUUCCCAGUCCCCACCCCAGCAUCACUCCACCUCCCAUUCCCCAUCUCAGCAUUGCUCAACCCCAUCCUGCCCAAGCCCCAUGCUGAGCAGCACAGCUGCAGGCAGACAUACCCAACCUGUGGCAUGGAACAGCAGUGCUCAUCCCUCCUCCUCCUCCUCUCCUCAGUCCGCCUUGGCAUGGGCUCGAGCAUCAGCCAAGUGCCUCAACUUCAACAGCAUGCUGAUCCUGCUGCCCGUGUGCCGCAACCUCCUCUCCUUCCUCCGUGGGACCUGCUCGGUGAGGGCUCUGUGGUGGCAAGGCCACCCCAAUCCCUAUCCUCAGUCCCUAUCCCCAUCCCCAUCCUCAUCCCCAUCCCCAUCCCAACACCCCUGCCUGUCCCACAGUGCUGCCGGCGGACACUACGGAAGCAGCUGGACCACAACCUCACCUUCCACAAGCUGGUGGCGUACACCCUGGCCCUGCUCACAGCCGUGCACACCAUUGCCCACCUCUUCAACCUGGAGCGCUACAACAGCAGCCAGCAGGCCACGGAUGGCAGCCUGCACGCUGUCCUCUCCAAGAUGCACUUGCAGGGCAGCAACAAGUGGCUGAAUCCCAUCCACUCCAACCAGACGACGGUCGAGUACGUGGCCUUCACCACCAUCCCGGGGCUGACGGGAGUCAUCAUCACACUGGCGCUCAUCCUCAUGGUCACGUCCUCCACCGAGUUCAUCCGCAGGAACUACUUUGAGGUCUUCUGGUACACACAUCACCUCUUCAUUAUCUACUUUGCUGGGCUUGUCAUCCAUGGCAUCGCUGGGCUGGUGCGGGGACAGACAGAGGAGAGCAUCAAGGAGGUGCAUCCACACCACUGCGCUGAGUACCUCACACACAAGGACGAGAACUGCAACCAUGCCUGCUGCAAGAACCCCGAGUUUGGGAGCAUCCCUGCUGAGUCCUGGAAGUGGGUCCUGGGCCCCGUCAUCCUCUACAUCUUUGAGCGGAUGCUGCGGGUCUGGCGUGCGCGGCAGAAAGUGGUUGUCACCAAGGUGGUGAUGCACCCUUCCCGUGUGCUGGAGCUGCAGAUGCAGAAGAAGGGGUUCCGCAUGGAAGUGGGGCAGUACAUCUUCGUCAACUGCCCCUCCAUCUCCCUGCUGGAGUGGCAUCCCUUCACCCUCACCUCUGCACCCGAGCAGGACUUCUUCUCCAUCCACGUCCGGGAGGCCGGAGACUGGACCGAGCGCCUCAUCGACACCUUCCAGCAGCAGAAGCUGGAGAUGCCCAGAAUCAAGGUGGAUGGUCCCUUUGGCACAGCCAGUGAAGAUGUGUUCCAGUACGAGGUGGCCAUGCUGGUGGGAGCAGGCAUUGGUGUCACCCCUUUUGCCUCCAUCCUGACGUCCAUCUGGUACAAGCUCCAGCAGGGUGACCAGACCCUCAAGACCAAGAAGAUCUACUUCUACUGGCUCUGCCGGGACAGGAGAGCCUUUGCCUGGUUCAAUGAUCUGCUUGCCUCGCUGGAGCAGAAGAUGGCCGAGUCGGGCAAGGCUGACUUCCUCACCUACCGCCUCUUCCUCACUGGCUGGGAUACCAGCAUUGCCAACAAUGUGGCGCUGCGCUUCGACACUGCUGUGGACACGGUGACAGGGCUCAGGCACAAAACCAGCUUUGGACGGCCCAUGUGGAACAGUGAGUUCACAGCGGUGGCUGCAGCACAUCCCAGGUCGGUGGUUGGCGUGUUCCUGUGUGGGCCGGGGGCCUUGGCGAAGAGCCUGCAGAAGUCUUGCCACCAGCACUCCAGCCUGGACCCCAGGAAGGUCAAAUUCUACUUCAACAAGGAGAACUUCUAAGAGCAGCCAGAAUGGGAACCCCGCGGGCAGGGGACCACACAUCUCAUGUCAUCCCCUGUGCCAGGGGUAAGCAUCUCCUGAAGGGUACAUGCACUGAAGCCAGGCAAGACUCCUUCUCCAUGAGAAACUUGAAGGUCAAAGACUGCUCUGCAUGGACCCCCAUUGAUAAACCAGAGGCACGUGCUGCGAUGAUGCUGCUGGAGCAGUGGGAAGCAGCAGGAGCACCCAGCAGGCUGGGCAGAACUGUGGGACAGGGAUGGGACACGGCCAUGCUGAGCAGGCAGUGGGGAUAAGCAUGCCCCUCUGGGUUUAAACAGCUCUCUGCAUGAAAGGGUACAUUAAACUUGAUUUUCUUUGCA